AUGAACAUGUCCCUCGGUUUGUCUUUGGCUGCCCGAGGCUCCAAGUUCCUGGUGUGCGGCCCCACGGUGCACCAGGCUUGCGGGGAGAACAUGUACGUCAAAGGCUACUGCUUCCUCCUGGACCAGAGCCUCCGGCAGCUCCGGCGCAUCCCGGACAGUCUGCCAGAGUGCCCCAAAAAUGGCACAGACAUAGUGCUCCUCGUCGACGGCUCGAGCAGCAUUAAGCAUGAGGAUUUUACAAAGAUGAAGACGUUUCUCUCUGAGAUCAUGAAGCGUUUCCACAGCACCAACACGCAGUUCGCCCUCAAGCAGUAUUCGCACAGAUUUAGAGAUCACUUCGACUUCUCAGAGUACAGGAGCAGUCGUGACCCUGAUCAACUUCUCCAGGGGGUUGAGCAGCUUCGUGGAUCGACGUACACGGCCAGCGCCAUCCGGGAAGUGGUGCAGGAGCUGUUCAUCUCUGGGAGAGGCGCUCGGGAUGAGGCCACCAAAGUUCUCAUUGUGAUCACAGAUGGGAAGAAAUUAAAUGACCCGCUUUCUUAUUCAGACACCAUCCCCGAGGCUGAGAGAGCUGGAAUCAUCCGCUACGCCAUCGGGGUCGGCGAGGCCUUCUUCAAUGAAACUGCCCAACAGGAGCUCCAUGUGAUCGCCUCUGAGCCCACCAACGAGCACGUCUUCCGGGUGGACAGUUUCGAUGCCCUCCAGGGCAUCCGGAGCCAGCUGCAGGAGAAGAUCUUCGUCAUCGAAGGCACCCAGUCCCAGAACAGCAGCUCCUUCCAGCUGGAGAUGGCUCAGGAAGGAUUCAGCUCCCUGCUGUCCCCUGACGGGCCUGUGCUGGGAGCGGUGGGAGCCUAUGACUGGUCCGGUGGGAUAUACCUGUACGGGAGAGGCAGAAAGCCGAGCUUCAUCAACGUAUCCAGAACCUCCACUGACAUGAAUGAUACUUACCUCGGUUAUUCGUCUCAGGUCAUCACAGCCAAUGGGCAGAGCAGCUACGUGGUCGGGGCCCCUCGCUAUCAACACACCGGCAAAGUCGUCCUGUUCAGCCGAGAUACCAACAGCGGAAAAUGGACACCCAGAUCGGAGCAGUUGGGAGAGCAGAUUGGCUCGUAUUUCGGGGGUACACUGUGUGCUGUGGACCUCGACAGAGAUGGGAACACGGACCUGGUUCUAAUUGGAGCCCCCAUGUACUAUACACCUCUGAAUGAAGGACGGGUCUAUAUCUGCCCCAUUAACUGGCUGGGGGUGAUGCAGAACUGCAGCAAGACACUGCAGGGGCAGACAGGGAAGACGUUCGGGCGCUUUGGGGCCAGCAUGUCUGAAAUCGGGGACAUCAGCGGGGACGGACAGACGGACGUGGCCAUCGGGGCCCCCAUGGAGAACGACAAUUGUGGGGCCUUGUACAUCUUCCAUGGGGAAAAGGGAGGCUUCAGUCCCCAGUACAGAGAGCGCAUAGAGGGGUCAUUGUUUCCCAGAAAGCUGCACUUUUUUGGCCAGGCCAUCAGUGGUGGGACAGACCUGACAGGGGAUGGACUCCCAGACAUCGCGGUGGGGGCACAAGGGCAGGUCCUGCUCCUGAGGUCCCAGCCGGUGCUCAGAGUCAAGGUCUCCAUCAGCUUCCAGCCCCCCACGAUCCCCACCUCGGCCUUCGACUGCCAGGGGCAGGAGCAGCUCAACACGGAGGCCAGCAGGGCAGAGAUCUGCUUCAACAUCACUAAGAGCACCAAGAACAGCCUAGGCAACAAUAUCUCCGGCACCAUCCAGUACAGCCUGGCCCUGGACCCCGGGCGGACGAAGAUCCGAGCCGCCUUCGACUCCACCGGCCCCGUCCUGAGCAGGGAGCUGCGGCUCGGCAUCGAGAUGAGAUGUGAGACGUACCGGAUAACGUUACCUCUCUGCCCAGAGGACACCGUGACCCCCAUCACCCUGCGCCUCAACUACACCCUGACAGGGGAGUCCAUCGCUGCUGCCGGCCGCCUCAGACCCAUCCUGAGCGAGGACUCUGUGCCAGUGUCUGCAGGCUCGCUCCUGUUUCAGAAGGACUGUGGCCCGGAUGACCGCUGCGAUGAACAGUUAGAAAUCUCCUUCAAUUUCUCUGGCUUGAGCACCCUGGUGGUGGGGGUCACCCUUGAACUCAACACCACCGUCUCCAUCCAGAAUCACGGGGAGAAUUCCUACAGCAUCACGGUGCAGUUCUUCUACCCGGCCGCGCUGUCCUACCGCCGGGUCCUGCUGCUCCAGUCUAACAGGACUAUGGCUGUUAAGUGCAGCUCGGCCGUGGGCUCCGAGGAGCAGACUCAGAGGAACAGCACCUGCCACUUUGACUACCCCAUCUUCUGGAGUGGAGCUGAGGCCGUUUUCGUCACCACCUUCGAUGUCUCCUCUGAGGCCGACCUGGGGGACAGGCUGCAGAUCACGGCCAAGGCCAGCAGUGACAAUGGCGGCCCCAUCACUGAGCGCAUGAUGCACCAGGCGGAGCUGCCGGUCAAGUACGGCAUCUUCAUCAUCCUCACCAGCCUUGAGGAGUCGACCAAGUACGUCAGCUUCUCCGCCAAGGCGGCAGGGACAAGUGUGCCAGUGACACAUCGGUACGAGGUCAAGAACCUGUGGCAGCGAAGCGUCCCCAUCUCGGUCACAUUCCAGUUCCCCGUGGAGCUGAGUGGGGUCCGGGUGUGGGACGCCUCUGAGGUCGUCCCCUCCAAGCCCCAGCUGGCUCAGUGCAUCAGUGAGGCUGAAAUGCCCGGUUCGAAGGACUUUGUGAAGCAGAUGAGUGAGCACCCCCUGCUGGACUGCUCCGUGGCCACCUGUAAGAAGAUCCGGUGCAGAAUCGCCUCCCUGGAAAUGCAGCAGCCACUGGAGUUCAUGAUCAAAGGGAACGUCAGCUUCCAGUGGGUCUCCCAGACUCAGCAGCAGAAAGUGAGUCUGGUGAGCGAGGCCCGGAUUGAAUACGAGGAGAAAUACACCCAGGAGGGAUUCGUCCAGCGCCAGGUGCAGACGGUGGUGGAGCACUCCGAGGUCUAUAACUACCUGCCCAUCGUUGUGGGCAGCAGCGUGGGGGGCCUGGUCCUGCUGGCUCUCAUCACCGCAGCCCUCUACAAGCUCGGCUUCUUCCAGCGCCAGUACAAGCAGAGGAUGGAGGAUGGUGUGGAGGGCGAGGGGACUGGACUAAACCAGAGCACAACCACUGGAAACCCCCCUGCUUCUGAUAGCCCCCCAUGAGCCAACGCCCCCAGCUUCACCUCCCUCUGAGCUGCUUCACCUCCGCCCCGUUAUGUUGUCACCUCCAAGAUGCAUAAAAAUUGGUCAAUGGCCCCCCUCCCACCAACAAAAUGCAUCCAGUGCCAACUAGAGUCAAUCGUUACUCAAAUUAGGCUUGGAAGAAUUCUCUUGAUAUUUUUAUAAUUUUUAUGGAGAACGUUGAAGUUAAUUUUAGGCAUUUUUUUAAGUUCCCUUCGUUGGGAUAUGUUAGGGUUAACUAACAGACAUCGGAAGCUGCUAAUUUGCUGACAUGGCAUUAGGGGACAAAGGCAUAUGUAGGCUGUCGUUUUUUGUUUAAUAAAUAAGUUGCCUUUUUUUUUCCUGUUGCUGAUAAGAAUUUAGAAGAAUGCAGCUGCAUGAGAAAUGUAGCAGUCGAAUAAUGCCCUUUGGGUAAAAGAAGGUAAAAGAAAUGUUAUUUCCCCGUCCCUUCCUUUUCCAGCUAUAUAAAUCAGCCCUGGCUUAUGGUCCCUUUCUCCCUCCCCUGAGAAUUGCUGACCAGGAUGAUUUGUAGCAACAAGCUGUUGCAAAGAAAUGUAUUUUCAAGGUAAAAAUGUCUGUUUAAUAUGCGUAAUGCUGUGCACAAUAGAUAGGGUGGGUUUACUAACAGAAUGGGUGUUUUUAUUACUUAAUAAGGGGUUUUGGGGUGUUGUUACGGAUGUAGGCGUGUACAUACUCACUUAGACAAAAAGAAUGUGCUGUAACUAAUUCGGUGCUUACUCAAAAAUUGAAUCGAGGGGAACAAGUAUUGCAAUAAAGAAGCUCGUACUCAAAUCCGCCUUUCGGGUCAGUCUGCUGUUUUCUUCUAACAUCUGGCGUCACGAACAGGAUUCCAGGGGAGAGUUGUGCCUGAUCACCACGUCUCGCCAUGGAUUCGAUGACUGGGUGUGUCCCUAGCUGGGUGUGUGCUGGAGGCUGGAGGGCCUGGCUCAGCAGAACAGUGAUAGGGAGCCCAGGCUGGUGGAACCGGCAGGCUCAGUGGUACCCCAGUACAUCAAGGGGCAGCCCGAAGCGGGGGGCGCAACCCUUCACACCCCCCACCCAGGAUCCAUCAGCACUGGACAUCUGACAACAUCCCCAGCUGGAUGUUGAAGAUCUGAGGCGUCAUCAAGCCGGAUGGGUCCCACAGUGGUAGGUGCUUUCAGGGGAGGAUUCAGUGAUUUACCCAGAGAAAUUGAAGGAGAUUUCUAACUGGUCAUCGCAGCGGUCAUCCGUGCCACAGUCCUUCUGAAACGGGAGCUGGGGGGAGACCCAGGGGAGUAGGAUCAGAGUGGGUGGGGAGGGGGCUGCAGCACCACCUGCCAGAAUGACAACGCAGGGACCCAGGGACCCUCCCAUUACCCCAGCACCUGCCAGUCCCCUGCACCGGGGGACAGCUAAACCCAUCAUCAGCCCCCCAACCCCCGAGAAACACUCUUCCUCCUCACUCUCUGCCCAGCAGCAGUUUCACACUUCUAGGAGUGCCACGGCUGGAGGACUGGCUGGCUCGGGGGGAUGGGGAACAGGACUUGGGGUCUGUCCCCUCUAGGGGGCCCUGGCCAGAAUAAAUAUUGAAAAUUGUCCAGCAAAAAUCAUUUUUUAAUGAAAAUAUUUUGUGUUUUGGACAGAAAUGUUGGCAGCUCUGAGGAGAGGUUCAAGUGUUCCCACAGAGGAGAGAUGCCAAGGCAAAUUCAGCAUCCAUCUUUGUUGCCCUCUAGCGGCUACACUGUGUAAAGGGGUUUUAGAGGCUGCUGCUGCCUCUUAAUUUCCAGACUCUGUUUUCAAAUCCCACGGUCACUGGUUCGAUCCCUGCAGUAGACCCAGCACGGGGCCUGGCUCUGGCACCUUACCGAGCCUGCAGACACUGGCACAGAGUCCUCGCUCAGGAUGGGUGUGAGGCGGCCGGCAGCAGCGAUGGGCUCCCCCAUCAGGGUGUAGUUGAGACGCAGGGUGAUGGGGCUCACAGUGUCCUCUGGACAGAGCUGGGGAGACAGAGUGACACAUUGGGACCCUGAAGGGUAAGGGGGGUGGGGGCUGGGUGCAACCAGGAGAGAGGAUUGUUCUCUGGGUGAUUUGGGAGCGAGGGGCAGACACAGUGGGAGGGAAAGGAGACAGGACCCCCCCACACACACUCACAGGUAACGUUAUCCGGUACGUCUCACAUCUCGUCUCGAUGCCGAGCUGCAGCUCCCUGCUCAGGAAGGGGCCGGUAGAGUCGAAGGCGGCUCGGAUCUUCGUCCGCCGGGGUUCCAGGGCCAGGCUGUACUGGAUGGUGCCGGAGAUAUUGUUGCCUACAGGGGAGGAGAAACGAAGGAUAGAGAAAUUGAGAACAGGAACCUCAAGUGGAAAUGGGACACGAGGCCUUUCCCCACUAGGAGGCGCUGGCUCUGAUCCAUCCUCAGAUCAGGAGACUAGUUGGCUCAGGAGGGAGGGGAGCAGGGGGUGGGUUUGGUCUGACCUAGGCUGUCCAUGGUGCUCUUAGUGACGGUGAAGCAGACCUCUGCCCUGCUGGCCUCCGUGUUGAGCUGCUCCUGCCCCUGGCAGUUGAAGGCCGAGGUGGGGAUGGUUGGGGGCUGGAAGCUGAUGGAGACCCUGACUCUGAGCACCGGCCGGGACCUGCCAUGGGGGGGGGAACAGAACCAUCACCCAGCUGCUCUCUGCAAUGGGGCAAGGCCCCCUCCCUCCACAGAGCCUCCCACCCAGCCUGUAUGUGCUCACAGCACCCCAGGGAGACAGGUUAUGGACACGCAGCUCUGCUAGAGGAGUUCCUGGGGGGCAGAGAAGGGAGCAACAGAGCUGUCGUUGUGCCAUUAUUCAGCAGGGGGCACCAGUCUCUCUCUCUCUCUCUCUCUCUCUCUCUCUCUCUCUCUCUCUCACACACACACACACAGACACACACACACUAUACUAAGACCUUGUCUACACAGUAGUUUUUUUUCUACAAAAGGCAGCUUUUGUCCACAAAACAGUGGAGGUUCACACACUGCAAUGUGACUUUUGGCGACAAAACUCUCGUGUUUUGCCAACAACAUAAAACCACCUCGACGAGAGGCACAGAGCUUUUCAUGGCAAAGUUUUGUUGACAAAGUGCCAGUGUAAAGACUGUGCUUGGUUAUGUCGCUAUAAUUGGCCUCCUGGAGGUGUCCCACAAUGCCCUUCCUGAUAGGGUGACCAGGUGUCCGGUUUUCAACUGGAACAACCGGUGGAAAAGGGACCUUGGCGGCUCCUGUCAGCACCACCGACCGGGCCAUUAAAAGUCCAAUUGGCGGUGCUGCCGCUCUAAGGCAGGCUAGUCCAUACCUGUUCUGGCUGGCACCACCCUGCACCCUGGAAGCGGCCAGAAGGUCCAGCUCCAGGGUGGGGGGGGCACAGGGCUCCGUGCACUGCCCCUGCCCUGAGCACCAGCUCCAGCACCGCUGAGGGGGUUGGUGCCUG